AUGACGCGGACACUAAUCACUGCCAUCUUUGUUCUCGCUUUACUUCAUACUUCUACUGCAAUUCAAUGCUUCGACUGCUACGGAACGGGUCCAGAUCACAAAGAAUGCAAUCAGGAGAGGACGUGUCAUGGUGUCGCCUGCAUGAUUUUUGACGCCGGUGACAACAAAACAGCAUCAGCUUUCUGCCUUCUAGCGAUGAAAGGAAGCAAAAUGGAAGAGUCGAAGGAUGGUUGCUGGUUGGAGCCAGAUGGAAAGGGAAAACACUGCAUGUGUUUUACCGAUUUCUGCAACAAGCUCGUCGAUCGCAGAAACACUGAUGAAGUUGAUCCAAUGGCUCCACUUCUUCCAACUGCCGAAUUCCUGAAACAAAAUCCAUUGGUUGAUUACGAUACCCCAAAUCUAGGAGACUACGCCGAUGAAGGAUCCCAUCCAGCUCCACAGAAUGCUCUCUUCCCAUCUGCCGACAAACAAGAUCCACGAGUCGCUGGUGUUGAAGAUGAAGAAGACGAUUUGGUCCCAGUUGGAUUUGCCGAUUACGAGGAGGUUGAGGAGAAGAGAAGAACUACAAAACACGACAAAACAACGACAAACACAGAAGCUACGCCAACAACCACUGAGGAUGGUGUUGAAUUGCCACACGACGCUGAUUCGAAUGUAGUGAAGGCUGAUGAUGAAGACGCGAGACGGCCAAUGAGUAGAGUGCCAGAAGACAGAAAAGAAAACGAGGUGUCAGCUGCUUUCAAGCCUCCAUCCUGGGUUCUUUUUGUCUUCCCAAUGGCCGCCUCGUGGGCUAGAUUCUGGAGCAGCUUCUGA